GCAGCCUAUCAGAAGCAGGUAGCUGGCUGAACAGGCCAAGGAAGGAGAGCUGGAAGUUACACCUGUUGCCUGGCAGGCCGUUGCUGUUGGAAGAGAAGAGGCCAAAUUUUACCCUUGGGCGAUAUCCCAGGACCUGCCAUGUCAGCCUGAUUCCAAUGGAAGGAGAGUGUGGUGUAACCUUAGCUGCCAGCUAGGAACUCAGGCAAAGACAGAGAGGUGGCUGAAUUGUGCCUGAAGUUGGUGAUUACUUGUCAGCUGUGGAUGAAAUAACUAGGACAAGGAGGGGCUGGAGGACUCAGUACCAGCCACUCCCCAUGACACUCUGGAGGUGCGUCAGCUCACCGCACUGGACACUGCAGAUCAAGCUCUGUUAUCCUGCCCCUCAGCCAUAGUCCUUCCUGGUGCAUCCCCUGGCAUUCAGCCCAAAACUCUCUAGGGGAUGCAGUGAUGGGCACCCCUGCUGUACUGGAGUUCUGACAUUCAGUGGCCACAGGGCAUCAGAGGGCAAGAACAUGAGCUGCCUGCCUCCCAAGGAAAUGCCACAGCCUUCACAGCUGCUGUGGCUUUGACCACCCCAGCCAGGGAGCUGGUGCCAUCUGUGUGAUCAUCACAGCACCCAGCCUAGAGGCCCCUCAGGCACCCACUAUGCCCGAGCUGGAGCAGCUCAGUGUGUCCAGGUCCCCUGCGGAAGCUGGCCGUAUUCAGAGGAACAUCCUUGAGGAGCAUGUCGAGUUAUGGUGGUUCAAGGACCCUAAGAAAUCCAUCUUGUGCUAUGGGGUGGCUGUGGUGCUAAUUCUGGCCUGCGGCACAGGGGGCAUCAUCCUCCUCUAUAGCACUAGCAGCCGGUCCGGGGAGUGGCGGCUGGCUGUGGGCACCACGCUCUGCCUCCUGGCCUUGCUGGUGCUCCUGAAGCAGCUGCUGAGCUCUGCUAUCCAGGACAUGAACUGCAUCCGGAGCCGGAACCAGAUUGAACUGCUGAAGAGUGGUGGCUUUUCGGACUGUGUGGUGCUGCUGCUCAGUGCCCUGGUGCUGCUGGUGUGUGGCGUGGUCCUCACUGUCCUCUCCACCACGACCAUGCAACUCAGCGCCUCACAGCCUCUGGCCAGCAUGUUCACCAGUGGAGUCAUCCUCAUGACUGCUGGCGCUGCCAUUCUGCUCUGCCUGCUGCUUUACGUGCUCAGCGUCUCCUGCUGCCCAGAUGCUCCCAGGAGCCUGGACACAGGUGACAUUAGCAUCUUCACCAUCUCCAGCCGGCUCUCUGCGAACCGCCGGCUCGCCACCACCUCCAGCAUGGCCAACUUGAUAUAAGGCCUGGGCAGGGUCAACAUGCCCUUCAGUAUAGCAAAUGUGUACUGAUCCUGGGGCAGGGUAAGGCCGUGCUUGCCACCUCUUCAGCUUGGUCAAGCUAAUCUUAAUGUGGGGAAGAGCUGAAAUUUGAGCGGUGCCGUGACCCAACUGCAGUUAUCACUGAAACGGCCUGGCAUUUGCACUUUACUCAGGCCAGUAGGCCAGAACCCUGGCAAAGACAAGGUGGUUCCUGGAUUGAUUUGAUUUAACUGGAACUUUACGAGUAGGGCACUGGCAUUUUAUUUUUUACCUCAGCAAAGUCUCCUGUGGCAUUUACUGUCCAUCCCUCUGACGCACCAGGGUCCGUGCUCUGAAUGACGAAGAUGAAGGUGAGCAUGUCCUGGUCCUGUUGGAAGCCCUUGCUGCUCUGAGGAGAUCCUGAAGUGUUUGGCGCUAAAAUAGUCUGUUUCUCACGUAAGAGUCUUGCAAUCUACUGGCUGGCAGGGCUAUGACUAUAUGGUGGAGGAGUCUCCUAUAGCUCUGGGGUAGAGCUGCUCCUUGGGGAUCCAAGUCCUAGGAUUGUUUUCUAACAAGCUGUGCCACUGUGAGCCUGUGCAUGUGUCCCUGAGACACCAAGCCUGCUAUGGUGACCUGUGCCAAGCUUCUCUCCAGCAGCACAGCAUGGAACCAUGUCCCCAAUGCCAGAAAGGCGAGCAGCCUGUUGUGAGCGUUGAUAUCUGACAAAAAAGGGGACAUGGGCUGAAGCACCUUGUGGCCUGCUGGGUGUGAGUGCAGAGCUGUGUGCAUGCGCAUAUCCAUAUG